GCCGUCUCGCGCAAGCGCUCUCUGUGGCCUCCCUUGACCUCUGACCCGCCGGCCACCCUUGAGCUGGGGCCGCAAGGCCAGGAAGUCGGAGCCUGAGUCCCCAAGGCAGAGCAGCUGCCAUGGCCAAGUACCUGGCGCAGAUCAUCGUGAUGGGCGUGCAGGUGGUGGGCAGGGCCUUUGCACGGGCCUUGCGGCAGGAGUUUGCAGCCAGCCGGGCCGCAGCUGAUGCCCGAGGACGCGCUGGACACCGCUCUGCAGCAGCUUCCAACCUCUCUGGCCUCAGCCUCCAGGAGGCACAGCAAAUUCUCAACGUGUCCAAGCUGAGCCCCGAGGAGGUCCAGAAGAACUAUGAACACUUAUUUAAGGUGAAUGACAAAUCCGUUGGUGGCUCCUUCUACCUGCAGUCAAAGGUGGUCCGCGCAAAGGAACGCCUGGAUGAGGAACUCAGAAUCCAGGCCCAGGAGGACAGAGAAGGGCGGACGCCCCACACGUGACUGCUUGGCUCUCCCCACCCAUCCUGCCGCCUCUAAUUUAUAGCUUGGUAAUAAAUGUCUUUUCUGCA